AUGAACAUUUAUAAAUCCAUUGGACGAUUAUCUUCUUUCAGAUUCUCUACAUCUGUUAUUGAGAUUCUUAACAAAUUUGAUGAGGAUUAUUAUGUAAAGAAUUUCUUAAAUACAUUCAAUUCAACAGGAUUCCCAUAGGCUAAUCUAAGUAAUAUAAUGUAUUUAUAAAAUUUUAGAGAUUGGAAAUAAAACUUGUAAUCUUAUUGGUUUGCCAAGGUCUGGAGUUCAAGAAACAAUAGUAGAUGAUUUAACAGAAUUGUUACUUAAGGAUUAGAAAAAAAAUAAUUUUUUAAUACAAAUUGAUCCAUCACCUUACUUAUAUGCUAAAAGAUAGCUUUAUAAAUUUUAUCAUUCAAAAGUAGAUCCAAUCAUAACUGAUGUAAGAAAUUCUAGUAAUGAAAGAAUUUAUUUGAAUAAUUACCAACUUUACCUAUAGAUACCAAUGAAUUAAGAUUAGAUUUAGCUAUAUUUGAUUCUAUCCAUUUGAUUUAGCAACAUCCUUAAAUAAAUGCAGAAAAUAAAUAAAUCAUUUUUGAAUAUUUGAAUGGAUAAAAGUUAGGAUAUUAUUAAUCAACACUAAAAAAGUUAAAGGAAGCCAUAUUGAAGGAUGGAUAAUUAUCUUAAUAAUUAUCAUAGGAGAGUGAUGAAAUGGCAUAAAAGUUUGCAGAUUUAUUAUCAAAUACAAUUCUAUAUAGAGAUUAAAAUUAAAACGAAAUUGUUCAAAUAAGUUUAUUAUAAGCAUUAUAUAUGACAACAUUAAAAGGGUCUAACAUACAUUUAAUAGGGAUGUCAUAAAUUUAUUAGAGAAUAGCUAGUGGAAUAUUCUUAUCAUUGUCAGAAGUUAAAGAAAUGUUUAAUAAUAUAUGUUAAGAAAUAUAAAGUAAGAGUAUUAGUGAAAAUAAUUUAAAUUAUUUAUUUGAUUUUUAAACAAUGUUAUGGAAAUAAAAAGGAAUAGAAUAUUACUUAUUAUUUAAUAUUAAUCGUUAUUUAAAGAAUUCAAAAGGAGAUGAUGUUACAGUUGUAGUAGAUGCUUUGCAUUAUGAUCCAUUAAGAAUUGCAAUAUCAAAUUAAUAAAAUAAUUUUAUUGAGGAAAUAGAAAAUAGUUAUUUUGCAGAAUUUUAAUAUCCUAAAUUAGAGAAACCAGAGAAUGAUGAUUAAGUGUUGGAAAAACAUGCAAUUCUAAGUUCAAUUUUAUCAUUUUAAAUUUGGAAAGAACCUUGCAUUAAUAAUCCAUUUCCAUAUUUAUCAAAAGAUUUCAAAAAAAUGACUGUAGAUUAAUAAUAAGAAAUUCAUGAUAAAUUUAACAAAUUUUAUGAGAAAUAUUCAAAAUAAAUUUAAGAUGUGAAGAAUUCAUUAAAAUAAUAAUGA